AUGUCAAUAAUUCCAACAAGAAAAGAAGAUUCGAUACACAUGACAAACUUUACAAACAUAAGUUAUAUAUUAAGAAAAAUUGAGCCUUUAGAAAUAAAUCCUCAAGAAAUAUAUUUUAAAGAUAUUUAAGUAAAUUAGACAUAUGAAAUACCUUUACAAAUUCGUAAUUUAACAAAAAAGCCUCGUAGAAUACGCAUAUUUUAGCCUUAAACAUAAUUUUUUAGGGCAGAUUAUGAAAUAUAAGGAUAAAUACCAGCUGGCUUGGCUGUUCGAGUAAUAGUAACAUUCGAAACAACUAUAUUAGAUAAUUACAAAGAUGAACUAAAAAUAAUAAGUGAAAAUUAAUUCACUAAAACAAUAAAUUUGUUUGCUUAUAAAGCAUGUGCCUUUUUAAUAUAUGAGCCUUUUAUAAAUUUUGGAUUUUGCAAAAUACAAGAGGGGAAAAAAGAAAAGAUUUAUUUCAAAAACGAAGGAAGUUAAAUCGCAAAAGUAGAACUUAAAUCAAACGAUCCUUAAAAUCUAGUAUUGGUUCCUUCCCUUUUUACCAUUAAACCAUCAAAAGAAAUGGCUAUUAAUGCUAUAUAUACGCCUUAAGAAGCUGGUCUUUAUCGGGGAAUAAUAGAAGUGAAUAGUGAUGCAGAAUGUUUAUAGAAAUAAAUUGAAAUAAAUGCUACUUGUGUAGAAUUUAAGCAGUUUAUUACAGAUGAGAAGGGUAUUGAGAGUAGUUAAUUAGAUUUGGGGACUUUUUAUUUUGGUUAGGCUUUAAAAACAACAUGCUUUUUGGUCAAUAAUACACCACAGAGGAUGAAAUUUACGAGCAGUUUUCGAAGUGGAAUAAUUUAUUCUGGCGAUGAUAAUAAUUCUUUGCUAACUCCACAUUAGAUUGGAAAAGAAUUGACUGAAAAAAUACUUAGUGUUGAACCUUGUGAGGGAUUUGUGGAUGAAUAUUCAUAAAUUAAACUUAUUAUUACAUUUUAAGCUUAGGUUUUACCGAAAAAUAAAUUUUGGAGUUAAUCAUAUGCUAUUUCUGGGGAUGACAUGUUACCAGAAGUUGAAGAUUAUGCUUAUUCGGCUGUUUUUUAGUAUGAAAAUUGUAAUUUAUAGCCUACCAUUUUACAUCUUACAGGUAGAGGAAUCUGCCCUACGGUUAAAAUUGAAAAAAGUCUCAUUUAGUUUGGCAUUUGUCCUGUUAAUGAAUAUAGAGAUGUUCAGUUUUAUGUUUAGAAUAAAAAUAAAGUACUACCUGUUGAUAUUUAAUUUAAAAAAAUUCCUUAUUUCGAAGUCUUGCCUGGAUAAUGUGUUUUGUAAGGAUCUGAAAAUCAAACUUUUAUAGGGAGAUUCACACCUAAAGCUAUUGGAAAAUUCGAUAGAUUUUUUGAUGUUUUUUUGAUUGGGGGAGCUUAUUAAUUAUAAAUCAAAGUUAAGGGAAGAGCAAUUAGUAUUUCAAAUAAAAAAUAAAUUAAAAGAGGACAUGAAAAUGUUUUUCCUGAAAGUUUUUAAAAAGAAAUUUAACUAGUUAAUGAUAAUGAUUUUAUUUAAUAAAAUCUAAGAAUAAAAUAGUAACAAUAAUAAUAGUAAUAGUAAUAAAAUCUUAAUUAAGAUUCUAGUUCUGAUGAAGAUUUAGAUAUAAAAGCUAAAUUUAAAAAGGCUCCAAUUGAUUUCGCAUAUGAAGUUGGCAUGGUUGAAAAUAGAAUAGAUUCUCCUUAAUUAUAACUUCCAGUUGUGGAUGAAUAAUUAUAUGUAAAUAAACCUAUUGGAAAAUAUUUACCUCUUAAAAAAUUCGAAGAUUAAACUAUAUUUAAUCCAGAUCCUAAUUAAAGUUUGAAAAAAAGAUGGCCUUCAAAACCUUAGAAUCACAAAGAAAUUAGAGAAAUAAGUAAAUAUUUAGAUGGAAGUGAAUUGUAGAAAAUAUAUGCAGGACCUGUUUAUAUUUAAUUUGAUGCUGUUUAUGUAAAUUCUACUAUUUAAAAAACAUUUUUUAUAAAAAAUGAUUUAAGAACUUCUAUUUCAGUUAGAUUAUAAUCGGAUUAGUAAGAAUUAAAAAAGACAAGUUAAAAAAUGUAGAUAAUUCCUCCGAAUUAAAUAGGUGGUUUUGAUAUAAUAUUAGAAAGUUAAAUUCUGGGUUAAUUUAAAAGCAAUAUAAAAUACAUAAUAAACGAAUCACAUGUAUUUGAAUUUUAAAUACUAGCUGAUAUUUAAAUGGUUAAAUUAGAUUUAUCAAAAAAUAAUAUCAAAUUUUAAUUUUAUGAUGAUAACCAUGAAAUGAUAACAAAAGAAAGCAUAAAGCUUUGUAAUAAUGGAAAUGCAAGUGCUAAAUUUGAAUUUUUAGCAAACUAAAGUAAAAUAUUCACAGUAGAACCCGAAAAAGGAGAAGUUGAGGCUCACGGAAGUAUUAAUGUAAAUGUUAUUUACCAUCCUAGCCAAAAUAAUACGCAUAGUCAUGAAAUAAUAAGGUAGGAAGAAGAAAAAUUGACUCUCAAAGUAAAAGACGGGUUGGAUACUUUUAUAAAAUGUUAAGGAAUAGUCUAGGAUGCCAAAUGCGUAAUAUAAAAAGGAAAUAAUUUAGACUUAAAAUAAGUAUGUGUUGCAAAAGAAGAAAUACGAACUUUCAACAUAAAAAAUUAGAGCAGAAACUAAGCCGUUUUCUAUAUUUAGAAUUUACCUGAAUUUGUACAGGUUUUACCUGUUAAAGGAAGAAUUGGCCCAGAAGAAAGUAAAGAAAUUUAAGUAAAAUUCGUUUGUUUUGAAGAAAAAAAUAUAAAGGAUGAUAUUAUAAUAUGCAUUAGGGGAGGAAAAAUACUAAAAGUCCCUUUCAAAGUAGAAUGUAUAAUCCCUGAAGUAAGUAUUUUUGAAAAGGAGAUUAAUUUUGGAAACGUGACUACUUUAGGCAGCCCUUCGGUAUUGAAAAUGACACUUAUUAAUAAUUCAAAUAUUGCAGUAGAUUUAUAAUUUGAUAUGAGAUCGAAAGAAGAAAAUCCAAAUGCUGAAUUAGGUAUUGAAUGCUUAGAAAUAAAUCUAGAAAAUCAAGAAGAUGAAUCAGCUAUCACCUCAGUUCAUGAAGAUUAGGAAAACGAGAAUUUAUAAUAAAGUGAAUAAAAAGAUGAAGAUGAUGAAGAUUAAGAAUAAAAUGGGCCGAUGAAUAAUAAUGAAAAUUUAUCAGAAUACGAUAGUUCGGAUGGAGAAAAUUAAUAAAAGAAAAAAAGCAAAAUUUAUAAUUUAAAUCUUUUACCAAAUAAAUAAAUGAGCUUUUUAUUAAAAUUUGCUCCUAAGGAAGUUCUUUAAUAUAAUUUUAAAAUACCUAUUCGUAUUUUUAAAUUCGGAACUAUUCCUAAUUUGGAAAGAUAUGUUUUAUGUAGAGGAUUAUAUCCUAAAUUUUUAGUAGAUCCUUAAGUAUGUGAAUUUAAAAAAAAAAUUAUUACAACUCCUGAUAAAUGUUUUGCUGAUGAAAUAGAAAUAAAUUUAAACAAUCCUGGAAGGUAAAAUAUCUAAUGGAGAAUAGAUAUUAGUAAAAUUGGUUAAGAAAAAAUCUUUAAUAUUGAACCUAAUUCUGGUAUUGUUGAAGCUAAUCAAGUUUAAAUUAUUAAAGCUUAUUUUAACCCUUAUGCACCUGACAAAUAUAAUAUUUAUUUGCCUUUGUUUAUUGAAAAUGAUGAUGAAAUUUCUAAUUAGGUUCCUUAUGUCGAAAUUGAAUUAAAAGGAGAAUCUUCCUUUCCAAGACUUCUUUUUGAUAGAAAAGAAAUUAUUUUACCUGUUGUACCUUUAGAAAUAAAUUCAAAGUGCAUAUUUAGAAUAAUAAAUGAUGGAUAUGAUAACAUAAAUUUGAAAUAUAAAAUAAUAUAAGAUAUUUAAGCAUUGAAUAUAUAAAUUAACUGGAUUGAAGGAAAGAAUUUAGGAAUAAGUAAAUAACGUAUAAAAGUAGAGGUUGUAUUUUCAUCCAAAAAGCCCAUUUCAUUCAGUACAAGGAUUGAAUUUAAUGAUGAUUAGGAAAAUGUAUACCCGAUAAUAAUAUCAGGGACAUCUGACAAUUGCUUAUUUUCGAAUUAUGGGUAUUUCUAGAGGUCAUAUGGGGAUUAUAAAUUAAAAUUAAAAGACGGAAACGGUAAUAUUAUAGUCCAAGAAGAAGAGGACGAUUUAAUUUCUUAAGAUGGUUAAUAAAAUAGAAACAAAAGAAAAUUAGGAACUUCCGUUUAAAGUUAUUCUUCUACAAAAAGUUAAGCACAAGCACUAGGAUAUUAUCCUAUUCCAAAAGUUUUAUUAGAUAAAAGUAUUGAAUAUAUAACAAGAUGGUUAAAUUAUAAUAUUUUACAAAGCCCAAUAAAGAAAUUUCCUUCUUGUAUUAUAGAACAUAAUGGUUCUUAAAUAUUUGAAUUAAUAUUUUUUUUAACAGGAAACAAUUAAUGUUAAUCAUUGAAAGCAAAUAUAAAUUCAUUACUUCCUAAAAAUGAAUAAAUAUAAAAAAUAUACAAAUAAUAUGACGAUUUGUUAAGAUUUUUAAAAAAAGAAGGAGCUUUCCUUAACCAUAUUAGACCAGAGUAUUUACUCAGUUAUAGAGAUUAUGUUAUUUUUAUUAAAUUUUUACCUAGUUAAUUAAUUAGUACAGUUUCUUAAAGUGGUAUUAUGCUUAGUUAAAACACUUUUCUUUAUUUGUAAAUUGAUGCUUGGAUUACUGUUUUUUAUUAGAUUCUUAAAAUCUAUUUCCUUAAUAGGGUCAAUACUAAAAAUUUUAAAUUGAUUUAAGGAAUUCCUUCUGACAAACUAACUAUUCCAGAUUAUAUCUAAAAUUCUAAUGCUCUUUCUACUUCAGAAUCUCUUGUUAUUUAUUGGAUUGAAUGCAUUUUUUAAAGGAAAAAUAAUACUCGUCUUAUUAAUUUAGAACAAGAUUUAAAAGACGGGAUUUUUAUGUAAGCUUUAUUAGUGAAUUAUUUAGGAAAAGUAGCAUAAAAUGCAUUGAUUGAAUUGAAAAAAGAUUGUUUUUCUUAUCAGGAUUGUAAUUCUAAUUGUGAAAAAAUAGUAGAAGCUAUUUAAAAAAUAGGAAUUAAUUCAUAUAUAAAACCAUAAGAUUUGUCAAGUCCUUUAAUGAGAGAAUUAAUGCUAUUUUGUUUAUAAAUGAUGCAUUCUUUACCACAUUAUAUUCCUAAAAUAAAUCCUAUUAUUUUUUCAUGCGUUUUAGGAGAAGAAGUUAUAAGAAAUAUUAUUUUAUCAAAUCCCACAAAUAGAAUAAUUUCUUAUUAAGUAAGAAUGGAAGGAAGUAAUCAUUUCAAAAUGGAGUCAGAUGAAAAUUUCGCAAUAGAACCUAAAAGUACAGCUAGUUUCAAAGUUAAAUUUACAUCUAAGGUGAGUGAUGUGGUAACAGGUAGAAUAUUCUUUAAUAAUAAAAAGUAAAGUAAUGUUUAAGCAGCAGCUCUUGUAUUUGAUUUAAAAUCUUAAAUAACUUCUAGAGUAUCUGAAAAAAUAUUGGAAUUUUAAUCAUAUUUAUAUGAAGUAGAAGAGAUAUAAAUUCCAAUAACAAACAAAUAUGAUAAUGAUGGAAAAUUUUAAGUUAUUAUAAUGCAAGUAAAACCCUAAGAAGAGCAAUAAGAAAAUUAUAAAAAAAAAAGAUAAAAAUAGUAAAAAGAAAAACCAAAAUAAUAGUAAGAAUAAAAAAAUUAAUAAGAAGAAAUAUUUCCUUCAUUUUUCUGUAGAUAAUAUAUAUCCAAAAAAAUGAAUAUAAGUAAAGGCUCAACGAUAAAUCUUUCAUUAGUUACUAUCCCUUUAGUUAUGAAAACUUAAAGAUGCUUUAUUAUUUUUAAAGAUCCUGAUUUAGGAGAAUUUUAAUAUGAAAUAAUUGUUAAAGUUAAUCUUCCAUUAAUUAAUUAAGAUAUUCUUAAGAUAUAAAAAAAUAUUUUUGUAGAUGAGGCUUAAAAUCUACACGUUUAAAUAACAAAUUAAAACGAAUAAAUGAAAAAGGCAAGAAAAUUAAUUGAAUAAUUACUUUAGGAACGAAAUAAAGAAAAAUUUAUUCCUAAUUAAAAAAAUAUUUCAUUUAAAACUAACGAAAAAAUUGCUUUUCCUGGAGGAAAUCCUGAAAUUACUACUUAUAAUGUUUGUUUAAAUCCUAUUGUCACUUUUCUUUAGGUUCCUUAAAAGUUUUAGAUAAAAAAUAUUUAUGUUUAAGCAAGAAGUUCUUUGACGGAGAAGAAUUUAUUAUUAAAAAGAAAUAAAGAAAAAUAAUAAAAUCCAGAAGAAGAAUCAUAGGCUCUAGUUUAUUAUAAUUAAUUCCCUUUAAAUUUUCUUUUUAAAAAUGCCGUAAAAGAUUAUUAGCUUGAAUUGAUAUUCUAAAAUGAGGAAAAAACAGAUAUUAGGCGUUAUAAAUUAGAAUUUACUAGUAUUCCAAAGCCAAUAUAAGCAACUUUAGAAUUCAGAGUACCUGCCAGAAUGUCAGGAACUCAAGAAAUUCCAAUAGUAAAUAAUACAGAAAAAGAUUGGAUAAUAAAAGUGCAAUUUUAAAAGGAUAAAUAUGAAAACUCGCAUCUUUUUUCAUGUCCACCUUCAUUUAAUAAAGAAUUUAUAGUCAAAAAGAAAUCUUAAGGAUCUUUUCCAAUAACUUUUUCUCCUAAAUGGAUCUAGGAUGGAGAAUGUAAAUUAAUAUUAACAAAUACUUUCACAAAUGAACUUUACGAAUAUUAAAUCAAAGGAUUUGGUGAAGAGCCUGUUUCGGAAGGACAUAUAGUAGUAAAUUGUACUGUAAGAGAAACCUAUAUGUAAGAAAUAAUUGUAUAAAAUCCCUUUUUAGAUCAGGAUGUGUAAUUUUAAGUUGAAACAGAUUUGCUUUAUGCGAAAGGUGAUCCUUUUUUGAAAAUAAAAAGUGGUUAAAAAAGUACUUAUAAGCUUUCUUUUUGCCCUAUUCUUUCUGGAUAAUAUACCGGAUCAAUUACUUUUAUAUCUAAGGAUGGAAGCUAUUUAUGGUAUACAAUUUUAGUCAAUACAUAAAGUUAAUAAGCAGAUAGUAUUAUUGAUAUGAAUACUUUUAUAAGACAAUAAUGUAAUUUUGAGAUUCUUUUAGAAAACCCUUUAGAUAAGGAAGUAAUAUUUGAUGUAGUUAUAAAAGGAGGAAAUUGUUUAAUAGGAGAUCCAACAUUUAUCUUAUAUGCAAAAGAAAGUGCUUGCUAUACUCUUACUUUUAGUCCAAUUUUUGUUGGGAAAGAAAAAGCUUCAAUUAUGUUUUCAAAUGCUUUAUUAGGUGAAAAAUGGUUCGAAUUAAAUUUAAUUAGUGAAGAUGUUUUGCCUGUUAAACUUCCAAUAUUAAAGACUGAAUUAGGUAAAUUCUCUACACAUAAGUUAGAGCUUGAAAAUCCGACUUUAAAUCAAGUUAAAGCCUUCGUUAAAUGCUCUAAUUUAGAUAAUUUCGAAAUUUUCCCAAAAGAUAUUAUCCUUUAACCUUUAAAGGUUACUACUGUGUAUUUGAACCAUUAUCCUUCAAGUUUAGAAUAAGUUGAGUAAGCAGAUAUUACUAUUUAUACAUAAGAAAUAGGUAAGUGGAUUUAUUUAGCUAGUGGAAGUGGUGUUUAACCUUAAGUUUUUGAAAAAAAAAAAAUAUAAAUAAAUAUUAAUAAAGACUAUACUUCUACUAUUAAUUUUAAAAAUCCUUUCAAAUAAUAAAUUACUGUAUAAGUUUAUAUGGAAAAAUCAGGAUUUAAUAAGCACGCUUUUAAAUUACUAUUUGUUGGUAAAAAAUAGUUUCUCAAGAAUAAUUAAGAUGAUGAGGAAUGUUACCAAUUCACAAUAUCUGCUUAAGAAACAUUAUCUAUUCCAUUUUCAUUUAUUCCAACUCAAAUAAUGCAAUAUCAUGCAUUAAUUGUAGUCUCUUUUAAUGAUAAAAUAUUCUGGAAAUAUCCACUAGAAGGAUCAACAUAAUGCAAUUAACAAUUAGUUAUAUAAUCAUUUAAAACAAAAUGUAGAGAAAUUAUUGACGAAGAAUUUACAGUAAAUCUUCCAGGAAUUAUAAAUAUAAAUGAUAAUUAAAAUAAUGAAAAUAAUAAUGAUACAUUUACAUUUGAACUUAAAGGAAUAGAAAAUGAAUAUUAAAGUUUAGUAUAGAAAUGCUUAUAGAUUAAAAUUACGAAAAAUCAUCUUAAUUCUCCAAAUGAUUCACUUGAAUUUUCUACCAAGUUUAAUCCUCUAAAACCCUUUAAAACACGAUUAGAAUUUCAUAUAAUACGCAUUUAAGGUGGAAGAUGGCGUUAUUUCCUAGAUUUGGAAGCAACAGAACCUGAUUUUGACGAUACUAUUAUUAUUAGUUCAGAAUUGAAUAAAACUACUAGUGUUUCUUUCAAACUUACUAAUAAAGCGAAAUAAUUUACUCCUUUUAUAGCUGAUUUCACUCCUGACUCUGAUACUUAAUUUACUGUUUUUCCUAAAUAGGGAGUUUUGGAAGGAUAUGGAAGAGAAGGUACUAAUUUUAUUGUUUCAUUUACACCUAUUGAAUAUGGAAAUUUUAAAAAUGCUAAACUUAUUAUUUAAACAGAGGAUAUGUAUUGGUCUUAUAUUAUUAAAGGAAAAUUACCUAAAUAUUAACCUCCAUAAGCUGAUAUAAGUAUUAUUGAUAAUAAAUUAGAAUCCCGUUUGGAUAAUAGAAUUUUAUAAAAUUAUAAUUCGAAGAACUAUAUGCUAAAUAAUAUAAAAAAGACCAAAUAAAUUAAUAUUAGUCAUAAUAAUGAAGAUUAAUCAACCAAUUUAAUUUCUUCUAUAAAUAUUAGUAAUAGCUAUUUAGUAAAUAAAUGA